UUUUUUCAGAGGAUCUGGCGCCCUGCCGUCCGUCGGUCAGUCAGGCAGCUGCUGUUCUUCACACAUACACACAAGAGACACACAGGUUUGAAUGGUGAAAGGAAGGUAAAAGCGGCUACAGAAUCGCCUUUUACAGCGGAAUGUUCACUCGAAGGGGUUAUGGAGACGUCAAGAAAUCUACACAGAAAGUUCUGGACCCAAAGAAGGAUGUUUUCACGCGUCUGAAGCAUCUGCGCGCGCUGUUAGAUAUUACUGACAGGAAUGAACUGAAGGCAUUUUUUGAAAUCAACUGCUCACAGAUUUAUUUUAUCUUCUAUGAAAAUUUCAUUACACUGGAAAGUAACUUAAAGCAAAAAGGGAACAAAUCUCAACGGGAGGAGCUGGACUCCAUCCUCUUUAUUUUUGAAAAAAUUCUGCAACUUCUACCUGAGAAAAUCAACAGUCGAUGGCAGUUUCACAGUAUAGGUUCUAUACUCAAAAAACUUUUGCACACUGGAAACUCGUUCAAGAUCCGCUGUGAGGGCAUGCGUCUGUUCCUGCUCUGGCUGCAGGCUCUGCAGAGUAACUGUGCCGAAGAGCAGCUUCUCAUCUUCGCCUGUCUGAUCCCAGGAUUCCCUGCUGUACCCUCAUCCAGAGGACCCUGCACACUGGACACCAUCAUAUACAACCCCUUUUCCAACCCGCCUGACGCCAAGAUUGUGCCAGAGGAGAUCAGCCCACUGGUGCCUGCGGUUCCCGGAGAGAAGGUAGCAGACGACCACACCUGCUCUGUCCUCCAGAUUGUGCUCAAGGUCAUGGUUCUCCAGGCUUCCAGCUUGGACUGGAAAAACAAAGAGAGCCAGGACACAGGCUUCAGAUUUCUCUUUUCCCUGUUCAAGAAGUACUACCUGCCUCACCUCUUCCCCACUUUCACAAAACAAACCAACCUCUACAAGCCACAAUUAGAUCUUCCCAUUCACAGACCAAAGCCCCUCUACGUCCCAGUGACGCGUAACAGUGAGAGCACAUACUGCACUAGGGAUCAGUAUCUGGCUCCCCGCGUGGCCUUCAUCACGUGGCUCGUUAACUUCUUCCUGGAGAAGAAGUAUGUGAACUCGGCCACGAGCAGCUCUAAGAACGGAGGAGAGGUCCUUCCUAAGAUCAUCCAGACUGUGACUGCGGGCGGUAUCAGUCAGGAGAAGAGCGCAGACUCUGAGCCCAACGGUCCUGUGGAACAGGAGAAGAAUCACUCAAACAGCAGCACGCUGUCAGAUCGCAGGGGCAGUAACUCCAGUCUGUGUAGCAUCGAGGAGGAGUAUCGUGCCGUCUACGACAUGGUGCAGUCCAUCCUGCUCUCCACACGAGACAACGUCAAUUUCGUCAAUGAGGUCUUCCAUCAGGCUUUCCUUCUGCCGGCCUGUGAAGCUUCAGCCACUCGCAAGGCGAUCAAAGUAUAUAGGAAGUGGAUUCUGCAGGAAAAACCCAAUUUCAUGGCUGAGCCUGAGACAACAAGCCAGGAGGAAGAUGGAGAGGAAGAGCACCGCAUCUCUGAGAUGGACACUGUACACGUGCAGGUCUUGGAGACUCACGGGCACAAACGAUCGUCCAGUUGGGGGCGCACUUACUCCUUCAGCAGUGCCAUCAGCAGAGGCUGUCUGACUGAAGAACAGAACCAGGACGUGAAGGCUGGCAUCCAGCCCACCCUGCAGGUGUUCCUGACAAACUCUGCCAACGUGUUCCUGUUGGAGCCGUGUCAGGAUGUGCCCAAGCUGCUGGAGAACCAGCUGGAGGUGUGCCGAGCUGUGCUCAGUGUCUACCGCCACAUUAUUAUGGAGCAAAACAUGAACCGCCAGACCUGGGAGCAGUUGUUGCAGGUGUUGCUGAGAAUCACAGAAGCAGUGAUGAAGAGACCACAGGAGAACCAAAGAAAAGACGCGUUCGCCCACAGCCUGGCCAGUGUCCUCUUCAAAACGAUCUUCGUGGCGUGGGUGCGGGCCAACCUGACCGUGUUUAUCUCUCGUGAGCUGUGGGACGAGCUGCUGGCUGUGCUGUCCUCUCUCAGUCACUGGGAGGAGCUGGUGUUCGAGUGGGCCAGCAUCAUGGACUCUCUCACUGCCGUACUGGCCCGUCACGUCUACGGCCUGGACCUCCACAACCUACCGCUGGACAAACUCUCAGAGCAGAAGGAAAAGAAGCAGCGGGGCAGGGGAGUGAUGCAGGACUCCCAGAAGUCUACAGAUGGAGCGCGGUCGUUCUCCUUGAGCUGGAGGAGCUCUGGAGACCAGGUGGGCACUCAGGAACCCAUGAGGUUCCGCAGUGCCACCACCACUGGAGCUCCUGCUGUGGAGAAAGCUCGCAACAACGUCAGGCAGAAAGCAUCAGCUAAGCGAAGUCAGUCUAUCAGCAACUGUGUGCAUCUUUGUGAGGCUUUGCCGGCCACUAAGAGUGUGCCCAUGCUGCUCCACACUGUCAGCUCUUUCUUACCUGGUAUCUCUCACAACUCUCACUGCUCUCACAGACUCUCAGACGUGGAGGAGUGUCAGCUGUCUGAAUGUGAGAUGGGGGAUGGAGACAGUCCUCUGCCCCGCAGCAGUAGCACCUCUGACAUCACACAGCAGAUCAACGACACCUUCCCAGGUCAGAAGAGAGAUGAGUCUGUGGAAAUGGGCAGAGCGUCUGUGUCAGAGAGCAGCUCUACAGGGAAAAGAGAGAGUGACGCUCCCACGAUUCUGAUCCGGCGGAGCAGCAGUCCAGCAGAUCUGGAUUAUCCAGCAGACGGAGCUCCAACAUUUCUGAAGAUUAAACUACGGGAGAAAAGUGAGAGUGUAAGCAGUGAGACGUCUAAUGGUUAUCUGAAUGACGCUGAGGUGGGUCUGUUGGCGUGGCACGCGGUCGAGGAGGAGCCGGACUCUCCCUCUACACAUGACAUGAGCAUGAGCAUGAGUGUUACUGUGGACACAGUGAGCCAGAGGAGCCUCCUGCUCAGCCACACUGAAGCACUGGCAGGGUCUGAUUGUGCCGCCCCUUCUCACUGUCCCCCUGUGUCUCCGGCUCUCCUCGUGCCUCAUGGCUGCUGUGAGGGCCCUCAGCUCCUGGAGGAUGCCAUGAAUGUGCCUCACCAUCUGGACAGCAGUGAGUUUCUGGCUGAUGACAUCAGCAUCAUCGCCGGCGGCAGUUUGACCGGCUGGCACGCCGACUCGGCCUUCGUUCUCUGGAGGAGGAUUUUGGGGAUUCUCGGUGAUGUGAACAGCAUCCGCUGUGCCCGCAUCCAUGCCAAGGUCUUCAGUUACCUCUACGAGCUCUGGCACAAGCUGGCCAAGAUCAGAGAUAAUCUUGGGAUCAGAAUGGAUACAGACACAGCUGUGGCUAGACCCUUGUUCAUCCCUCCUCUGCGCAUGCUGGCCUCCUGGCUCUUCAAGGCUACCAUGCUGCCAUCAGAGUUCAAGGCUGGGAAGCUGCAGGCGUAUAAGCUGAUCUGCGAGAUGAUGACCAAACAUCAGGACGUGCUGCCCAACAGUGACUUCCUGGUGCACCUCUACCACGUCAUGCACAAAGGCUUCACCAGCGACGAUCAGGAUGUGUUGAACACGAUGAUUAGGUGGUGCUCACCACGCUUCUUCUUUCUGGGCCUGCCGGGCUUCACCAUGCUGGUGGGAGACUUCAUCACCGCGGCUGCUCGUGUCCUCAACACUGACUCCUUUGAGGCUCCACGGAUCGAGGCUCAGACAGUUCUUGGUUCGCUGGUGUGCUUCCCUAACCUGUAUCAGCAGAUCCCCUCUUUGCAGUCUGUUCCCGGAUCUGAGGAUAUCGUAGUUGGCAAAGAGGACAUGAAGGACUACCUUGUGAACAUCCUUUUGAAGACCGCACGCAAUGAGACAUGUGAAGGAGCCAGGUGUGUAGCGAUCUGCAGUCUGGGGCUGUGGGUGUGUGAGGAGCUGAGACAGACAGAAACUCACCAUCAGGUCAAAGAUGCCAUUAACGUCCUGGGUGUCACGCUGAAGUUUGGAAAUAAGGUGGUGGCCAAUGUGGCCUGUGACAUCUUUCAGCUACUGAUUUCUCACUGGCAGCACUUACAGAAGCUGGAUCCGUCCCUUCCCAAAAGAAUUAUAGAGAUUUUUGUAGCAACCAUAGCAUUUCUUCUGCCCAGUGCUGAACACUCAACAGUUGAGGCAGAUAAAAAGUUAAUGGUGUCUCUACUGCUGUGCCUGCUGGACUGGUGCAUGGCCGUACCUCUCUCCAUCCUGCUGGAGCCCAUCACUAUGCCUGUGCUGGACGACCCAGCCUCACAGAAAGCCCCUCUACUCGACUACAUUUACAGGGUGCUGCACACUUGUGUAUCAGGGUCUAACCUGCACACUCAACAGAGCCACUACCUCCUCAGUCUUGCUGAUCUGUCGACAGACUAUGAACCCUUUCUUACUUUAGGCAAUGUCAAGAGCUUUGAACCACCACCCAUCCACAAUGUUAUGGGAGACUUCGGAAAUCUCCUCACUGUGGCUGAAGAAAAGAAAAGGAGAAGCCUAGAGCUGAUUCCUCUGACUGCUCGGAUGGUAAUGUCACACCUGGUCAAUCAUUUGGGCCACCAUCCUCUCAGCGGCGGCCCUGCACUCUUAAACAGCCUGGUCAGUGAGAACCACGACAACCCCUACGUAGAGUCCUCCGAGCUCUCCUCUGAAGUCUUCAAAAGCCCCAAUCUGCAGCUCUUCGUCUUCAAUGACAGCACACUAGUCUCAUACCUGCAGAUCCCCUCUGACAGUUCCAGCACGGCCGCGGUAAGCGCCAACCCGAGGGAUCAUUCCUCUGAGGUGCGUGUCAUCGUCAGGGACAUCUCGGGAAAGUACUCGUGGGACGGCGGUGUUCUGUUCCGCACUUUGGAUGGCACUGGCUUGAGUUUGGGUGGCAGCAGAGAUCAGUCGUCUCACGACAGCGCUCGCGCUGAAAAGCAGGGCUCCGUGCGCUCCAGUAAAUGCUCCUCUGAGCUGGAAGUGGAAGAUGGCGUGGAUGUGUUGGAUCAGCUACUGGAAGACCUUGGACACAGCAGCCCCGAGUGUCUGCCGCAGCCCCAGCUGAGGCUCACCCAGCCGCCCUCUCCACCCAUCGGCAUGAACCCUGAGAUGGAAGGGCUCAUCAUGGAUGCCAUCCACAGACAGGCCAAGCAGGAGGACGAGGAGCUGGCCUGGCGACAGACCGAAGACCCCAGCAUCAGAGCAGAGAGACAGAGAGAGCCCAUGCACCACGAGCCAAAAUCUGCUUUUUACCUCUGCAGACUCCUCCUCAAUGAUCUCGGCAUGAACUCAUGGGAUCGCAGAAAAAGCUUUCAUCUUCUAAAGAAGAAUUCUAAGCUCUUGAGAGAGCUGAAGAAUUUAGACUCGAGGCAGUGUCGAGAGACUCACAAGAUUGCCGUGUUCUACAUUGGAGAAGGCCAGGAGGACAAAUACUCCAUUCUGUCCAACACGGAGGGCAGUCAGGCUUAUGAAGACUUUGUCUCUGGGCUGGGAUGGGAGGUGAAUCUGGCCUCUCACUGUGGGUUCAUGGGUGGUUUGCAGAGAAAUGGCAGCACAGGUAGCACAGCACCAUAUUACGCUACCUCCAACGUGGAGGUCAUCUUCCAUGUGUCGACUCGCAUGCCUUCUGACUCGGAUGACUCCAUCACUAAAAAGCUUCGUCACUUGGGAAAUGAUGAAGUGCACAUCGUGUGGUCGGAGCACACGCGGGAUUACAGACGAGGAAUCAUUCCCACCGACUUCGGAGAUGUCCUCAUCAUCAUCUACCCGAUGAAAAACCACAUGUUCUUUGUUCAGAUCAUGAAAAAACCCCAGGUUCCUUUCUUUGGGCCUCUGUUUGACGGGGCGAUAGUGACUGGAACGCUGUUGCCGAGUCUGGUGCGGGCCACGUGCAUCAAUGCCAGCAGGGCUGUGAAGUCUCGACUGCCACUUUACCAGAGUUUUUAUGAGGAGAGGGCUCUCUACCUGGAGGCCAUCAUUCAGAACCACAAGGAGAACAUGACCUUUGAGGACUUUGCUGCCCAGGUCUUCUCGCCUUCCCCCAGCUACUGGCCAACGGGAGGUGCAGCAGGCAGGCGUUGGCCAGGGAUGGUUUGGGACGUGGAUUACCUCUGGGCCAAGCUGGACUGUUCCCUCAGCUGCAGCACGAGCGCUGACCUCAGUGUUACUGUGACGACCAACGACUCCAGCGACCAGGUCUCGCCCACCAUCCCCCGCGCCUCUAAGAACCGGGUUUCUGGAAAGCUCCGCCGCUCGGCCAGCGCCAUCAGCAAGUCCUCCAACUGAACGCUUCCUCCGGCUGUCAGACUGCAUUGUGGAUGAAUGUAUCAAUUGACUCUGUUUUCCACCUGUUUUUUGUUUUGUUUUUCGUUUCGUUUUGAAGCCGAGUAGCAGUGAAAGUUGUCGCAAAAUUAUGAAGCUUCACCUGCCGCGAAGAAUGAGAAACUGAAUUUACGCUGAAGUGAAUCUGCAAAUGUGAAAUGAAUUGCGAUUUUCAAAGCAAUGCUGCAUUUGGACUGCGAUUUGUCCCAAAAAUGUCCUUAGGACAGACAUUUAAAAAACCCUGAGGCAUUAGCUAGUUUUUAAUACUCGCAUUGUCCCGUUCUUUGAGCUUUUCUUCAUGUCAAACACUGAAAACUGAAUCAUUGAUGCACAUGGGAGAGACUUUUUGAGACGCUCUUACAGCGCUUUGGGCCAGUCUGAGAAAAUACUGACACUUGAGUCAUCAAAAAAGAGCCAGUCUCCUCCUUUUUCUAUUUCAAUAAUGUAAUCAGUGGCGUCUAAAGUACAACAGACUGCAAUGAAAUUGCUUUUGUUAUUAUGAUUUACUUUUAAGCAACUUGUUUGAUCAUUUUAUGGAACUGAUUUAUGCAACAUGCUGAAUGGAAAAGGCACAUGUUUGUAUUUCAGUCGAGGUGUAGCAUGAAUGUGUGCUCUUCAUUUGUGAACUGAACCUGUCCCGUUCCUGUCAUGUAAAUCUACUCCGACAUUCCAAUGUUUUUGCACUCAUUCGGUGGUGAAGAAUGGCGUAAGUCCAUGUUUGUUCCGUUCUUCCCUCUGUAUUUGGAUGUACAUUGCUUUCGAUUUGAUUUGAUUUGAUAAUAUAUAAUAUUUGUUUCAUGUUGUGUGUUUUAUAUAUAUAUAUAUAUAUAUAUAUAUAUAUAUGUAUAUGUAUAUGUAUAUGUAUGUACUAUACCUGACUAAAUGGAGGAGAAGCCUCCAGCUCCUCAGGUGAAGCUGUGUGAAGGGAGCUGUUCACAGUGCCUGUGUAAUAUCUGACCGUGUUUUUCCGUUUUAAUUGGCCCCACACUUCCUACACGACGAGUCUUACAUUUCACUUGAAUGAGUAAAUUGAAUGAGAUUGUCUGCGUUUUGUGAGAGCGGCUUCUGUCUGAUUAGAUGCUGGAUGGGGGUUCUUUUCCACCUGCUUCCCCGAUUCCCGCGUGCCUCUCCGAGUGCCCUUUGCCGUACCAGCAGCAUGCCAGCGCUUCUCUCUCUCUCCUGCCGCCCCUCUCUGUUCCCGUAGAGACCCGGCCUGGUUGCCAUGGAGGCCAGGUGUUACACACACUGCAGGCUCCGCCCAGGCUGCAACAGGACACAUGUUGCACUACUUUGCCUUACCUGUACACUUGUCUUUAUUGUCUUGCUUCGCCUGAUACUUUUUCUCUCUUCCACGCUCUGAAUGAAAAACGCUGACGAAUGUAUGCAAACCCAAAAAUAUGGGUUGAAAAUACUGCAACUGGCCUAACUUCUGUUUGAUGGUGAUGACAUGUUCAGUGUAGACUUUGUUGUUAGCCUUGUAUAUUGUGUCUCUCUCUUUUGUUUUUGUUUUUGUUUCUCUUUGAAUGUUCUAAAUUCUGAAGGAUAUAAAUAUAUUAAUGCCUGUAAUAUAAUCUUUGUAUAAGACAUUGAAGAUAAGGAAGCUUGAAGAUUUCGUCAUGACUUGUUAACAUAUCAGACUGUUUUUAAUAGAAAAAGUAAUUGCUUUAUCUUUACUAGAAAUGUGAAGAAAUCGAAACAUUUCAUUAAAUCGAUUUGAAGUUCA